UUGGAGUUCACCAACAGCUUUUUUUGACUCCGGCCGAUCGACGUCCAGAGAGAAGUUUGAUCAGUUUCAGCGCUGCUAAAAACAAUCCGUCGUUUCCAUACUGAGUUUUGAAGAGAAGACUCUGCAGAGCCACGGAUCCAGAGCCUUAUCUUGAACGCCAUGUUGGUGGACUCCUAAAGUUCACCUGCUUCAGUGUAUUCCUUGUUCUGUGUAUUUAGUGUAUUGCAGCUCAGCCAAAACAGGUUCUGAAACAGCAACCUUCAGUCUGCCGGUAAACACAGCGGCAAACAUCAAGUGACCCUGGAGCCAAAAGAUCCGCCCACAGAAACCACCGUUGUGGAUCUGAUACCACUACACCUGAACCAGGGGGCCGCUGGCGAAAAGGAAAUCGCCUGGAGGAUUCCUGCUUGCUGUCGGCUUAUUAUUCACAGCAAACAUCCAGAUAUCAGUCCUGAUAACCCUCUGGGACACCCUGCUUGGACGAUACAGAGUGCACCAAUGAAUCAGACCAUCAGAGUUAGUCAUCAGGUCUUCUCGAGGGCCUCUGGUGCUCAGAAACCACAAACAAAGUGUCAUGAGGUGUCACGGAUGUCGCAGCGAGAGAGGACCCAAAUGCCGACAUAACUGCAAAAACUAAUAUUUGAUUCCACAAACCAGACAGGCCGACAAAACGCUGAACAAACGGCUGGUUGUUUGGAAAUGAAGCUGUGUCUUCUUCUUCUCUUGCUUGGUCUCUGCUGUCGGGGACUGACUGAGGAGCUCGCUCCAGCUCCCCAUGUCUCCGGCCUUGUAGCUGAAGAGGAGGAGACGGAUGAGGAGCGUCCCGGCUGUGGAGGAGGGCGAGCGUUCAGCCACGAGGAGCGCAGGGCGAUAGGGGGUGCCGUAGAGCGACUGGGCCUCCGGCUCCUGGAGAAGCUUCUUCUUGGUGCCCAGCAGCCCAACGUCAUCCUGUCGCCGCUCAGCGUGGCCGUGGCCCUCGCUCAGCUCAGCUUGGGCGCUCGCAAUGAGACGGAGAAGCUGCUGCUGGAGAGCCUCCACGCUCUCAACCUGCCGUGUUACCAUCACACACUGGGAGGCCUUCUAUCCCAGUCCAACCACACAGCGCUGGAGGUGGCCACACGCAUGUACCUGAGGCCAGGAUUUGAAGUGAAGUUGUCUUUCAUUGAGGACUCUCUGGCCAGGUACAAAUCAUCCCCGGCCCCUUUGGUCUCUGUGGAGGAGGUCAACCAAUGGGUGGAGAGUGCCACCAAUGGUCACAUCCCCAACUUCCUGGAAAGUAUUCCACAUGGCGUGGUGCUCAUGCUCUUGAAUGCUGUGCACUUCAAAGGUGAAUGGCAGACACGGUUUGACCCCCUGUUGACCUCUAAGGGAGUCUUCUACCUGAAUAACCAGAACUCUGUCUCGGUGGACAUGAUGAAGUCUGCUCAGUACCCUCUACGCCUGCUGCAUGAUCCAGAGCUGGAAGCUCAGGUUGCCAGUUUUCCUUUCAAGGGAAACACGAGCUUCCUCGUGGUUAUGCCGUUGUCCAACAGAGGAAACUUGUCGUAUCUGCUUCCCAAGCUGAACAUCUCGGACCUUUACAGACGUUUGCCUCACGAGAAAACAAUGCAGGUCAACCUGCCCAAGGUGAAGCUGCAGUACCGCCAAGAGCUGCAGGAGGCGCUGACCAGCAUGGGCCUCGGAUCUCUGUUCUUGGCUCCGGACCUUUCUGGGAUCUCUGAUCGGCCACUGAGUGUGACGGGCGUCCGCCACGCCAGCGCCAUGGAACUCAGCGAGGAAGGCGUGGAGGCGUCCGCCACCACGGUCGUGACCUCCAUGCGUUCCGUCUCACAAUUCUCCGUCAACUCCCCCUUCCUCUUUGCCCUCGUGGACGACGCCUCCCUGGCGCCGCUCUUCAUGGGCAUCGUCACUAACCCCGCCCCCGACCACGACCUCAUGCUCAACGACGACCCCGGACACAACGCCACCAUGAGCGACCAGCCGGUGGCGGACGACAUCAGGAACAGAGACACAGACAGCGACGCAGAGUCGUGUGGCGCCCCCGCUGGUGGGAGGCAGCAGCUACAGGGCGAGGACGGACCGGGCGGGAAGACGGAGUAGCGGGAGAAGAAAACCAGACGACUCUGAAGCCGAUGGAAGUUUAAAAUCUCAAGAACAGUUUGGACAUUUCUGUGAAAUAUGCUGAAGGUUCUGAUGAGGACAUUGACACGUUUCUCAACACGAAGUUACAGACAGGAAGCAGUUAGCUUAGCUUAGCAUGAAGACUAGAAACAGAGGGACAUAUCGAGGUAACCAAAUUGAAUCUGCAACUCUCGUUAGCUUAUGCUAAGCUAAGCUAACUUCCUAAUGAGAUGAGAUAGAACUUUAUUAAACCUGAAGGAAAUUCUGGUGCCAGAUUAUAAUCAAAUAUUAAAACAAAAAAAUUAAAUAAAUAUACAAACAUAUACAAACAAUAUAUUAAGUGUAAAAAAAAGUUAAACUGACACGAGUGCGGAAUAGAACAAGAUAUAGAUAACGGUAAGGUAAAUAAUAAUAAACAAAUAAAAGCAAAAAUACAACAACAACAGAAGUAUAUAAGAUCCACGAGUAGGGAUGAGAAUUGAUAAGAUUUUAACGAUUCCGAUACCUUAUCGAUUCCUGCUUAUCGAUUCGAUUCCUUAUCGAUUCUCUUAUCGAUUAUUUUGGGCAAGGGGUGAAAAAAAGAGCACAAACGGAUUUAUUCACAUUAAUUUUCUUUUAUAUAAUGCUGCACACACACAGUAUGUAUACAUACACAUUUACUUUUUUUAAAUCACCAAAAACAUUUAUACGAUAUUACUCUUGAACUUAAAAUAAAACUUACAUAACUUAAAUAAAAUGUAUUCUGUUUAAUUUAAACAUGUUCCUAGAAAUUACAGUGCUCCUUCCUUUUUUUAAAAGGGUAUAUGAACUGAGCUGCCAAAAAUGAAACUAGCAGUGGCAAAUACCAAGUGUGCACCAUCAAUUGUAUGGAUCAUAAACAAUUCUUGUGCAGAAAAAUAAGCAUGUCUGCUUUCUCUGGGAGGAUACGCGAUCUCUCAGGACUUAUUGUGUCUCCAGCCGUGGAGAACACUCUCUCAGAUGGGCUGGAGGAUGCCUGAACACAAAGAUAUGAGGAGGUGUACAAGACGUCUAGCUGUAGCCUGUGACCAGACAGACGACCAGCCUCUGAACCGGUCUGACUCUGAACCUCAUCAGCUAAAUGGGAUGGCAAUGGAGAUUAUUUAUAUAGUGAAAGCUGGUUUACACAAUGAAACAAAUGGCACGAACAAAAUUGCUGAAUUUGCUGAGCUGACAUAAAGCCACAUGAAGAGGGGAGGCAAACACUACCUCGCCUCAAUGUAGGGUGACAAUGGAAGAUUCUGUAGCUAAGCUAGCGUAGCUAUAUGCUAAGUUUAAUAAUGGAUUAAAAAUCGAUAUGCUCAGUUUAAUAAUGGGUUAACACGAUAACGCGAACGUUUGCUGAUAACACACGCCCUCCAAUAAUUAAUACCGUUACGAUCAAACAUUUCUCAAAACUGGACUUUCAAUCCAAACGUGAAGUGAUCGAUAAUGGGACCAAUGCCGGAGCUCAAAUGUAUGCUUCAAACGAAGGGACAGAAGAUAACUUGAUCGACUCCACACAAUAAAGGCAAAUGGCUUCACACAGUGAGUGGUUGUGAUCACUUCUGAGGAGUUUACCUUGGACAGAAAGAGAUGAAGCCGACGUUAGCUGAGCUGCUGCAUCGAACACAUGACAUUCCUGUCAUUUAAUUCCGUGCGUGUUCAAAUGCUUAUUCAUCUUUGUUGUAUUUCCUCCCUUCGACGAAAUAGAUUUUUGACACACAUUACAAGUGGCGUAGUUGUCAUUUUGUCUUGUGAAAUAGAGCCAAACUUUAGAGCGCUUCUGCCUCGUUGCCAUGUUUGCUGCAGUCUGAAGAAACUAAAAAAGUUCGCGCAUGCGCAACGCCACAAAGAACCGUUAGCAGAACCGUUAAAGAAUUUGGCUAACGAUCCCAAACAAUCGGUUCACUGGGAACCGGUUCUAAAACAGAACCGGUUCUCGAUGCCCAUCCCUAUCCACGAGUGAAGGGAGAAGUCAAUGUUCUCAUCGAGAAGUGAAGAAGCCGUUUUAUGAAUUUCAAACUGAUUCUGAGAGCAGAACCUCAAACAGCUGCGACUAACGUGGUGAAUUAGAGAUGAAAUGUCAGGUUUCUGUUGUGAUAACGUUUUAAAAUACAGCGUUUAAAGAUGUGAAUAAUGAA